AUGAAGAAGGAGAGGACAGGCGACAAUUGUCGCCCAUUCAAAUUAGCCCAUCAAAUUCUCAGUUUAACUGGCAUUAGUUUUGAGAGGAGAAGUGUCAUUGGAUUCGUGGAACUGACAAUAGUACCACUAACAGAUAACUUGCGUUACAUCAGGCUCAAUGCUAAGCAGUGUCGCAUUUAUCGUGUCUGUCUAAAUGACCAGUAUGAAGCAAACUUUCAAUAUUUUGACCCCUUCUUGGAUAUAUGCCAGAGUGAUCCCAACACGAGAUCCCUGGAAGUGUUCUCCCAGUAUCACUUAUCUGCUGCACAAAAAAUUGAUCCAGACCACAACUCUGGCGAGCUUCACAUACAAGUGCCGGAUGAUGCUGCUCACUUGGUGGGAGAAGGGAGGGGGCUUAGGAUAGGCAUUGAAUUUUCACUGGAGUCGCCUCAGGGUGGUAUGCAUUUUGUUGUGCCUGAGGGCGAGGGGACUUUGGUUGAGAAAUCCGCCCACAUGUUCACAUAUGGCCAUUCAGCCAGGUUAUGGUUUCCUUGUGUGGACAGUUUUGCUGAACCUUGUACAUGGAAACUGGAGUUUACAGUGGACGAGGCCCUCACAGCAGUAUCUUGUGGGGAGAUGCUUGAUGUGGUGUAUACACCUGAUCACAGACGGAAGACGUUCCAUUACGUGGUAAACACUCCAGCGUGUGCUCCGAACAUUGCUGUGGCUAUUGGACCGUUUGAAACAUACGUCGACCCACACAUGAACGAAGUGACGCAUUAUUGUUUGCCGCAUCUCAUGCAAAUACUCAAGAAUACGGUGCGGUAUCUACACGAGGCGUUCGAGUUUUACGAAGAGACACUCUCUACCAGAUAUCCCUACCCUUGCUAUAAACAAGUAUUUGUGGAUGAAACAGAAGACGACUCAACCGCAUAUACAACGAUGUCGAUACUAAGUACCCAUCUACUCCAUUCCAUUGCUAUAAUCGAUCAAACGUACGUAAGCAGGAAGGCCAUGGCCCAAGCAGUGGCCGAACAAUUCUUUGGCUGUUUCAUAACUAUGCAGAAUUGGUCAGACUUGUGGUUGGCCAAAGGAAUACCCGAGUAUUUGUGUGGAUUAUAUUCGAAGAAAUGUUUUGGAAACAACGAGUAUAGGUAUUGGGUACACCAGGAAUUGCAAGAGGUAGUAGGUUACGAAGAGCAGUAUGGUGGAAUGGUACUUGACCCAUGGCAGCCUCCCGCUAGCGGAGCUCGAGUUGAACUCAAGGACGUUUACUAUUUUCCCGUUAGGAAUGUACAUACUAUGUCACCGAGGUAUGUUGAGGUAAUGCGAAAGAAAUCCCAUCUUGUACUCCGAAUGUUGGAACAGAGGAUAGGCCAAGAGCUACUACUGCAAGUGUUCAACAAACAGCUGUCGUUAGCCACUAAUGCGGCUAACACAAAGAUCGGUAGCGGUUUCUGGGGCCAGCUGUUGUUGUCCACCAAUUUGUUUGUGAAAGCGAUAUUCACUGUUACUGGGAAGGAUAUGGCUGUGUUCGUUGAUCAAUGGGUCCGGACUGGAGGGCAUGCUAAAUUUCAACUGACGUCUGUCUUCAAUAGGAAGAGAAAUACAAUAGAACUAGAAAUACGUCAAGACUCUGUUCACGAGCGGGGGAUCAGGAAAUAUGUGGGGCCUCUAUUGGUGCAACUUCAGGAGUUGGAUGGGACAUUCAAACAUACGUUGCAAAUUGAGAACACCGUGGUAAAAGCCGAUAUCACGUGCCACAGCAAAAGUAGGAGAAAUAAGAAGAAAAAGAUACCUUUGUGUACUGGAGAGGAAGUGGAUAUGGACCUUUCUGCUAUGGAUGACUCUCCUGUGCUAUGGAUACGUUUGGACCCAGAAAUGUCGUUACUACGGAGUACCGUGAUAUCCCAGCCGGACUACCAAUGGCAAUAUCAAUUACGUCACGAGCGUGACGUCACAGCUCAGAGCGAGGCUAUAGACGCCCUUCAUAACUAUCCCGAACCCGCUACGAGAAAGGCCUUGACUGAUACCAUAGAGAAUGAGCAAACGUAUUACAAGAUUAGAUGCAGAGCAGCCCACUGUUUGACAAAGGUGGCAAACGCCAUGAUAAGUUCAUGGGCAGGCCCGCCGGCCAUGUUGACGAUAUUCCGCAAAAUGUUCGGCUCGUUUGCAGCGCCGCAUAUUAUAAAACAGAAUAACUUCGACAAUCUCCAACAUUACUUCUUGCAGAAAACCAUUCCAGUGGCAAUGGCUGGAUUGAGGAAUAUACACGGUAUAUGUCCGCCAGAAGUUGUCAGAUUCCUUCUAGACCUGUUCAAGUACAAUGACAAUUCAAAGAACCAUUUCUCGGACAACUAUUACAAGGCGUCACUUGUGGACGCAUUGGCUGCCACUAUCACACCAGUUAUAGCUGUUUUACAGCCUGGUGCGCCAAUAACAGCAGAUUCUCUGUCGGCGGACACAAAAUUAGUUCUCGAAGAGAUAACGCGCGUUUUAAACUUGGAGAAAGUUCUCCCGUGUUAUAAGAACACUGUGUCGGUCAGCUGUUUGCGCGCUAUACGCAGGUUACAGCAAUGUGGACAUUUGCCGAGUAUUCCGACUGUGUUUAGAGCGUAUGCUCAGUAUGGACAGUAUAUUGACAUAAGACUGGCAGCUUUCGAAUGCCUAGUUGACUUCGUGCGUGUAGACGGCAAACCGGAAGACUUGUCGUCACUAUUGACGGCGGUGGAGAAUGAUCCCGAUCCAGGUGUACGACACGGGUUGGCUCGUUUACUUGUCACGAUGCCACCUUUCGAACGCGCCCAAAGACAUCGACUGGAUACCGAAGCUGUUGUCCAUAGACUUUGGAACCAAAUAAACAGCCAACUAUCAAACGAUGCAAGAUUGAGAUGCGAUCUCGUAGAUUUGUAUUACACAUUAUAUGGUCUGAAACGGCCACUUUGCGUCCCCCUGCCAGAGAUACAAGCUAUGAUGAAACAGAUGCACAACAAGGAAAGAGAGAGGCUAGAGAGGGAAAGAGAGAGAAUGGAGAGGGACAGAGAAAGGCGGGACCGCGAUCGGGAAAUGGAAUCCAAGCCUGUUAUUAAGCAAGAGAUUGAUGAGAUACCUGUGAAGUGUGAAGUUGACAUAGGUCUUAUGGAAACGGUGCCGAAACCCGAACUGCCUAGGGAGGAUAAUCUACCUGUUCCGAUAUCGAGUAUUAAAGAGGAAGACAAUAAUGUUGAUGUCACAACUGUCCACGAUUUGCCAAUCAGAGUGUACAGUAGUGAUUAUUCAAAACGCGAGUUUGUGUCCGAUAAUGCAGUUGCCCUGCCCGGCAUCUCGGGGUCAUUAGGCCCCGUGGGCUUCGAACCCGGCAUGUUCAGGCACGAUAAAGAUGACCUGGGAGCUCCUAAGGCUAAGAAGAAGAAAAAGGACAAGAAAAAGCACAAACAUAAGCACAAGCACAAGCACAGCAGCAAAGACAAAUCUAAAGAGCACAGAGACAAGGACCGGUCGCUCCCUCCCCGGCCCCCUUCGAGCACCGAGCAUUUGAAGAUCAAAGAGGAGACACGCGAGACCUUGAGUUCAUUUAGUUCGAGCCAAAGUCCUUCAGAGGAUUUAACGUCAAUGCCCUCGAAUAUGAGUUUCUAAUGUGUAUUACUGUAUCUCAGAUCGUUUACUUUUAAGCAUUAAAGAAAAAAUAUAAUUUAAUAAUAUUC